AGGACUACAAGGGGUGAAGGGCGACACGUUCAGUUUCCCCAUCGCUCUGGAGGUCAAAGGAGCAGCAGGACCCCCGGGACUGUACGGAGAAAAGGGCCUGAGUGGAGAUCCAGGAGAACCGGGCCUCCAAGGAUCACCAGGACCAGCCGGACUUCCUGGAAGCCCAGGGUUGCCGGGGUUACCAGGAGAGAAGGGUCAGGAAGGUCCCAGUCCGGUGAUUCCAGGUCCACAAGGACAAAAGCUGUGUUUGGUUUUCAGGGCGUUCAAGGACCUCCUGGGAUUCCAGGUCAGAAAGGAAUCAAACUUUACGCCGAAGGAUCCAAAGAACUGAAGGGAGAACCAGGAGAAAUCGGAGAGAAAGGCUGUCCAGGACUUCCUGGUUUGCCGGGUAAACUGGGGAUUAAAGGGGAGAAGGGGGACAGAGGAGAUCCUGGUUCACUGGGUAAACCUGGGAAAGGGGGAUUCCCUGGAGAGCUCGGAGAACAGGGAGACCCCGGAGAUGGUGGGUUCCUCGGUCCUCCAGGUAUCGAUGGAUCCCCGGGAGAAAAAGGUGAUCAAGGUCCUCCAGGUCCUCCAGGAGAGAUGGUUUGGAAACACAGAUUCCUAAAGGGCCAGCUUGGUGUCCCCGGACCCCAAGGACCCCGGGAGUCUCUGGAGAGCAAGGACUCAUCGGGUUUCCUGGACUGCAGGGUGAACCAGGAUCAGAUGGUUAUCCAGGAUUUAAAGGCCAGAAAGGAGUCAAAGGUAUCGGAGGUCCAACUGGAUCCCCAGGACCAGCUGGUGAGCCAGGUAUCAUGCAGCGGGUCGGGCAGAAGGGUGAGGAUGGAGCCUUGGGGGAACCAGGACCACAAGGACUGGACGGGACAGAUGGACGUCCAGGAGUACCGGACCAAAAGGUGUUUUGGGACCGAAAGGAGACCCGGGGCCUCUGGGGCUCAAAGGGGACAGGGUCCACUUGGAGACUCCGGCCCCCAAGGACUGAUGGGACAGAUGGGACCAUCAGGACCUCCUGGUAUCGGCGCUCCAGGACCACCUGGACCUAAAGGCAACGUGGGAAUCCUGGGAGAACCAGGAGAACCUGGAGCCCCAGAUCCUGGUCCUGAAGGAGAACCAGGUGUGAGGGGUGUCAUCGGAUUCACAGGGAUCCGAGGCCUAAAGGGUGAAACGGGGGAUCCUGGGCUGCCGGGCGUUGGGGCUCUGGGCCCUCAGGGUCCUUAUGGGAACCCAGGGUUUGAUGGAACUCCAGGGCCAGUAGGAAGUGUGGGACCAAAGGGUCUGAGAGGGACCGAUGGGAGCCAGGGAGUCCAGGAGUCAGAGGGGACCAGGGACCCCCAGGUCCAUUUGGGAGUCCAGGGGCCGAUGGGAACCCAGGGGAGUCCGGACAACCAGGACCAAAAGGGGGCCGACCGGCCUGCAGGGGACCGAGGAGUACCUGGACCGAGAGGAACCCAGACAAAUGUCAUGAUGCCCGGAGAUCCUGGAGACCCAGGAUACCCCGGUGCGAAAGGUCUCACCGGUCCUAAAGGAGAGAGGGGCCUCCUGGGGCUCCGGGGUCGCGAUGGCAGCAACGGUAAACCUGGAAACGCCGGACCCCGAGGACUUCCUGGACACCCCGGUAGAGAUGGAGCAAGAGGUCCUCCUGGUCCCGCUGGACUCCCCGGUAACCCUGGACCAAUGGGGUUGCCAGGCUGUAAAGGUGAAAAAGGCUGCUUCGGACCCUGUGGGAUUCCUGGUUCAAAAGGUAAACCAGGACCAGAUGGGUCUAAAGGUGCUAAAGGAGAAUCGAGCCCACCUGGACCAGGAUCUAAGGGAUGUCCAGGAAUGAAGGGUAACCCAGGUUGUUCAGGAAUUCCAGGUACAAAGGGACAUCCAGGAUACCGUGGAGACCUCGGUCCUCCAGGAAUGUGUGGCCCCUGUGGCCCUAAAGGACCCUCUGGACCCCCAGGAUCUAGAGGACCUCCUGGGACUCCUGGUGAUAGAGGCUGUGACGGUCCUCCAGGUAAAAGCGGACCUCCAGGACCCACCGGUCUUACAGGCAACAAAGGCGCUCCUGGAGAUCCUGGUCCGGCUGGUCCCAGAGGAAACCAGGGACAGGAUGGGAUACCUGGACCUCCUGGAGAGAAAGGAGCUAUGGGAGCUCCUGGAACUGGACCUCGAGGACCAGAUGGGAAGAAAGGUCCACGAGGGUGUCCUGGAGAAAAGGGUCGUCCUGGUCCCUGUGGGCGUCCGGGUCCAUGUGGUCUCCCGGGGCACCCAGGAUGCUCCGGGCCUCCUGGACCUCCUGGUCCUGCCGGAUGCCCCGGCAAAGACGGGGUCUGCAUCAAAGGAACCAAAGGAGACAGAGGAGUUCCUGGAGGGAGAGGAACCAGAGGUCCUCCUGGUAGUUCCGGUCCUCCCGGUCCUCCUGGUCCAGGCUUUAAAGGAGAUAAAGGAUAUAAAGGACCCAGAGGUAACCCGGGACCACCUGGUUGCAUCGGUCACCCUGGAAACCAGGGCUGUGUGGGCAGAAAUGGACCACCGGGUCCACCUGGACAGAAAGGCCUGAGAGGACCGCUCGGUACCAAAGGACCUUCUGGUCUGAAGGGGCACCAGGGACCUCCGGGACCCUGCGGCCCUCAGGGAAGCCCAGGACCACCUGGGAGGACAGGGCCCCGAGGGAUGGACGUGACCCAGAAGGUGAAGCUGUGUCCAGGAGACAAGGGCGAUCCUGGAGAUGCUGGGCCGCCGGGACGCAGAGGACCACCAGGGGGCGCCGGGGCACCUGGACCUAAAGGUUCUCGAGGCUCUGAUGGUAAACCUGGUAGAAAAGGACAACGAGGUCGACCUGGACUGAAAGGAGAUAAAGGAGACCGAGGAUUCCCCGGACCGAUCGGUCGAGAAGGUUUUCGUGGUCCUACUGGAGCUAAAGGACGUCCUGGUCCGCCGGGCGGCCGCGAUCCAACAGCCAGAAAGAACGGCUUCCUGUUCACCAAACACAGCCAGGAACUGUACGUCCCACGCUGCCCUGACGGAUCGUCGAUCCUGUACAGCGGAUACUCGCUGCUGUUCAUCAACGGGAACAACCGAGCUCACGGCCAGGACCUGGGGUCGUUGGGCAGCUGCCUCCUUCGGUUCAGCACCAUGCCCUUCCUGUUCUGCAGCACCGACGAAACCUGCCGCUACGCCUCCCGCAACGACUACUCCUAUUGGCUGUCCACCAGCGACCAGCUGCCCGCCGACGUGCCGUUCAUCUCCGAAGAGCAGCUGAGGAACCACAUCAGCCGGUGUUCUGUUUGUGAAGCCAGAGCCAACGUGAUGGCUAUCCACAGUCAGACCAGAUUUAUCCCAGACUGUCCCUCCGGAUGGGACUCGCUCUGGUCCGGAUUCUCCUUCGUCAUGGAAACCGGAGUCGGGGCCGAAGGUUCGGGUCAACCGCUGGCAUCGCCCGGAUCCUGUCUGGAAAACUUCCGGAAGAUUCCCUUCAUCGAGUGUCACGGCAGAGGAACCUGCAACUACUACACCGACUCCUACAGCUACUGGCUGGCUGCCCUGAACCCCGCGGACAUGUUCAGCAAACCGAAGCCUCAGACCAACCGAGGAGACCUUCCAGGAGACCUGAUCAGCCGCUGUAGAGUCUGCAUGAAGCUGCUGCUGUAAAUACUGCAAACACUACUGAUGACCGCGUGCUACUGCCAGAUGCUAAGUCUGUCCCGGCCCCACUACGUUACCCAUGAGUCUCGGCUGCUGUUGCCGUGGAGAAGAAUCCGGACUGUGAACUGAUGUAAAGAGUUUCUAAUCUGGUUUCUACAACGAGCUGAAGCUAAAGAUUUCACUUUGUGGAGACGUUAAAGUGAGAAACGCUGUGAUUGGCUGUUAGUUAGUGCCACGCCCCUUUAAUGGUGGAAUUAACUUCUGUUUAAAAACUCUGUCUGGUUCUACUGUGUGUCUUUGUGCUUGUUUUGUGUGUUUUGGUCUCUGUGUUUGUUUUGUUUGAUUGUUUUUGUCUGUUGGGCCUUUUUGGAGUUUGUCUUUUUGUCUCUUUGUCACAGUUUUGUGCCUUUUUCGUUUUUUCUUUGUCUCCUUGUGGUUUUUCAGUGUUUUUGUGCUGUUUUCCUGUUGUUCUGUGCCUUUUGUUUUUUGUCUUUGUGGUUGUUUUGUUGUUGUUUUGUCUCUUUGUGGUUGUUUUUGUCUGUUGGUGGAUGUUGUCUCUUUUUAGUUGCUUUCGGUCUCUUUAUAGUUUUUGUCUUUUUGUGGUUCUUUUGCUUCUUUCUGGUUGUUUUUUGUUCAUUCUUUUGGGUUUGUUUGUGGUUGUUUUGUGGUAUUUUUUUGCUUUUUUGUUGGUGUUUUGUGUCUCAUCGUAGUUGUUUUUGUCUCUUUGUGGUUGUUUUUGUCUCUUUGUAGUUUUUUGUCUUUAUGUGGCCAUGUUGUCUCUGUGGUUGUUUUGUCUUUUCGCUGUUUUUUUUUUGCUUCUUUCUGCUUUUUUGUCUUUAGUUGUUUUGUGUCUUUUUUCAGUUGCUUUUUGUGUCUUUGCGGUUGUUUUGUGUCUCUGUCGUUUUGCGUCUUUGUGGUUGUUUUUGUCUGUUGGUAGUUGUUUUGUGUCUCUCUUUAGUUGCUUUCUGUCUUUGUGGUGAUUUUGUGUGUUUUUGUUGUCUUUUUGCGUUUCUUUGUAGUUCUUUUUUGUCUCUGUUCAUUCUGCCUCUUUGUGGUCCUUUUAAUUUUUAUCGUCUUCAUUUUGUGUGUCUCUUUGUGGUUCUUUUGUGUGUAUUUGUCAUUUCUUAAUAACACAGAGUUGCCUUUAUGAAAGAACAGAACUCGAUUCUUGGCUCUGUGACAUUGAGGCCAGAAGUUUUUGGACGGUGAUGCGGUUUUCGUAGAUUCAAACUAAUGUUAGUGCGUCCGGUUACUUUUGAUCGUGUGAAGCAAAUGGCUGUAAAUGUUUAAUGCAAUAUUUAAGUUAAACCUCUUGAAAUAAAGCUGGAAGUCAGACCCGGAUGGCUUCCCUUCACUCUCACCGUGUCGCUGUCCAGAUACUUUUGGCCGGCUGUACCUGCAGUGACUAAUGAUGUUUAGUCUGCAGCUAAUAACUUCUCUCAGGAUGUCUGCAGGAUGUUCUGCGCUGUAAUAACAGUUUCACAUGUAAACGCCCAGAUCAGAUUAUUCUCCGAUUAAUGUCCCUCAGUGGGGGGAAACUAAAUGAAAGCAGCAGGACCACAGUUUGAUUCAUUAAAUCUCAUCAUCCAA